UCUCUCUCGAUCUCUUCCUCCCUCCCUUCUUGCCCUUCAUCAUGUUAUGUGUUGUGUGUAGUUGUGCAUUCUGCCUGUGUGUCUAUACGUGUUGUACCCUGACCCUCAACCUCCAUUGCCAUUGUUUAGCAGCCAGAUGGGGUGGUCCCGCCCCCCCGUACCCAUAAUCCCUGUGAUCCUUAUACCAGCUGAGACCAUUCCUGCCAUCUCUCCACCCUUCUCUCCACCCGCACCCUGGUCACCCAUGUCAUAGGUCAUACCUCUUCUUUUUUUUUCUCCUCUUUUCUGUUACCUUUUUUUUUUUUACACCCCUCCCAUUUGGCUUCUGUUGUGGUGGGGGUGGUGGGGUUUGUGGUGGGGAGUGUUUCUGGAGAGAUAUUCAGCUUCAGGUGGUUGUUUUUACCUCCAGACCUGUAGGAGAGAUCAGCCCAGUGAAGCGCCAGAAGGAGUUGUCUGUUAUUAAGGCUGUAGUUGGGGGUGUUUGGGUCGACGCCAUAGCUGUAGGCUUCAAGCUUCAGGAGUUCGGCACAACAGAACACCAUGUCAUGUCGCAUAUGGACCCAUUCUGCCGUGAUAAUCUGUAGCCGAUGCUUUCAAAAUGUUCUACCAAAACAUGCAGAGAGCAAACCCACCUCCAGUGGUGGUCAACACAGACAGUUUGGACACCCCCUCAUAUGUGAAUGGAACAGAAGCAGAUUAUGAGUAUGAGGAGAUCACUCUGGAACGGGGUAACUCGGGGUUGGGCUUCAGUAUUGCAGGGGGAACAGAUAACCCCCACAUUGGAGAAGACCCCAGUAUCUUCAUCACCAAGAUCAUCCCUGGAGGAGCUGCAGCUCAGGACGGAUGCCUCAGAGUGAAUGACUGCAUCUUGAGCGUAAACGAGGCAGACGUGAGGGAUGUGACCCACAGUAAGGCCGUGGAAGCCCUAAAAGUGGCCGGCUGCAUCGUCAGGCUCUACGUCCGCAGGAGAAAAGCCCUCUCAGAGAAGAUCAUGGAGCUCAAACUAGUCAAAGGUCCUAAAGGGCUAGGGUUCAGUAUUGCGGGGGGAGUAAGGAACCAGCACAUUCCAGGCGACAACAGCAUCUAUGUCACCAAGAUCAUUGAGGGAGGGGCUGCACACAAAGACGGGAGGUUGCAAAUAGGAGACAAACUAUUGGCUGUAAACAGCGCUUGUCUUGAGGAGGUGAGUCACGAGGAUGCCGUGGAGGCCUUGAAAAACACCCCCGAUGUGGUUUACUUGAAAGUGGCGAAACCCACCAGUGUCUUCAUGAACGACAGCUUCGCUCCGCCCGACAUCACCAACUCAUAUUCCCCUCACAAGGACAAACAUAUCAGCCCGUCCAACUACCUUAGCCAGCCCCAUACCCCCGACACGCCCGGACGCUACUCACCCAUCCCCAAGAGCAUAUUGGGAGACGACGAGAUCACAAGGGAGCGCAGGAAGGUGGUGUUACACCGUGGCUCUACAGGCCUGGGUUUUAACAUAGUAGGAGGAGAGGAUGGAGAGGGAAUCUUUAUUUCCUUCAUCCUGGCUGGUGGACCUGCUGACCUCUGUGGAGAGCUCCGGAAAGGAGACCGCAUCAUCUCAGUGAACGGGGUUGAGCUCCGCAGUGCGACCCAUGAGCAGGCAGCUGCUGCUCUGAAGAACGCUGGACAGACGGUUACCAUCAUAGCCCAGUACAGGCCAGAGGAAUACAGUCAGUUUGAAGCCAAAAUCCAUGAUCUUCGGGAGCAUAUGAUGAACAGUAGAAUCAGCUCAGGCUCUGGCUCUCUACGGACCAGCCAGAAAAGAACGCUCUACGUCAGGGCUCUGUUUGACUAUAACAGGACAAAGGACUCUGGGCUGCCCAGCCAGGGGCUUAACUUCCACUUUGGAGACAUCCUUCACGUGGUGAAUGCCUCCGAUGACGAGUGGUGGCAGGCGAGGCACAUGACCCACGAAGAAGAGGUAGAUGAGGUCGGAGUCAUCCCCAGCAGGAGGAGGGUAGAGAAAAAAGACAGAGCGCGGUUAAAGACUGUCAAAUUCAAUGCCAGGUCUCAAGACAAAGGGGUCCCUGACGACAAAGCACUGAGUGGCCAGGAGGAGUACGUCCUGUCCUACGAGCCAGUCACACAGCAGGAAGUGAACUACACACGACCCGUCAUCAUCCUGGGGCCAAUGAAGGACCGUAUCAACGAUGACCUCAUCUCAGAGUUCCCUGACAAAUUUGGGUCCUGUGUCCCACACACGACCAGACUAAAACGGGAUUACGAGGUGGAUGCCAGAGACUACCAUUUUGUGGUGUCCAGGGAGCAGAUGGAGAAAGACAUCCAGGAUCACAAGUUCAUCGAGGCAGGCCAGUACAACAACCACCUGUAUGGAACCAGCAUCCAGUCUGUACGGGAGGUCGCUGAGAAGGGGAAGCAUUGCAUCCUGGAUGUUUCAGGCAACGCCAUCAAACGACUACAGUCAACCAUGCUCUACCCCAUCGCUAUUUUCGUCAAGCCCAAGUCUGUGGAGAAUAUCCUAGAGAUAAAUAAGAGGCUAACAGAGGAGCAGGGGAGGAAGACGUUUGACAGAGCCAUAAAACUGGAGCAGGAGUUCACUGAGCACUUCACUGCUAUAGUCCAGGGGGACUCUCUGGAGGAGAUCUACAACGCGGUGAAAAUUAUCAUCGAGGAGCAGUCAGGACCCUUUAUCUGGGUGCCUGCCAAGGAGAAGUUGUGAAAGGAGGACAGAAGAGAUUACCCUUAUUUUCUUUAAGUGGUCUUCAUGUCUUCUCUGAUUUUACGUCUUUUUAUUUUUACCAACCUGGCCUGCUGUGAUCGCUGGCCCUCUUGCCCGGAGCUUAGCACCCCCUCCUACACAUACAUGCAUACAUGCAUGCAUACAUAUAUACACACACGUCUCCAACUUUCUCUCACACACACCACCCUGCUCCCCUCUGUCACACUGGCUAGAGAGCUGAUCACGCGUUGGAGUUCAAGAUCUAUCUUUCUCCCUCACACACACAAAAUGAUUUAAUGCUGUCUCUUUCUCUCACACACAAACAUACACUCUCUGGGGUUAUCUUGGGCUGUCUCUGACUGGUGUCUGGACCUUGUCUCUGGAUGUUUUUCUUGCUUAUGGGGAGAUUUUUUUGGUACAAUUCCUUAAUGUUUAAGGAACAUGAUUUAGAUGCAAUAUUAAUUAUAUAUUUGUUCCUUUUUUUUCAUGUUUAGGUUCGUCAAAGGAAAUGACAUGAGGCAAAACUUAGCACGUUAUAGCUUUAAAGAGCAUGUUUCGGACAAUUUUGAUUAUUUUCUUGUCACGUUUUUCUUCUUUAUUUCUCAUUUAGACUUGUAUCUGAACUGCAUUAUUCAUAGCCAUUAUUUUCACAUGUUGCAUAUCCAUGCACACCAACUGCGUCUCUGCUCAUCUGAAGCAGCCAUACAUACCUGUUUUAGUCUUUUCGAACUGCACAGAGGUAACUAGGUGAGUCGUUUUCUAUCAUUAGCCGCCUUCGUUCACUACGAUCCAUGAUGGUUUUAAUCUAUUCAUAUCACUAAGCUUUUGGGGGGGUCUACUUCCUGACCAGAAAUAGAGUGAAUGAAUGAAUGAAUGGCUGUUUUUAAACUGACUCCAGGUGUCCAUGUACUAAUUUUAGAAGCAAAACACUGAUGCAAAAUAAUGAAUUGUACGCUGAGAUUUUAACUGAUAUUUAACCUUCAGUCUACUGCCUAUUUUGUUAUAAUAAAAUGUCUAUAUUGAGCUUUA